ACUAAAGAAUUGAGAGUGGGGUCAAUAACAGAGUUUGCUAUAUAUUGAAAUUGUUCUUAAGGUACAAAUCAGUGAUCUUCAGUGGGUUGCAUCUGAAAUGAAGGCUUUUAUUGUACUAGCAGCAGUCGCUGCUAUAGCUUGCUAUGCCGAAGCCGGCUACAUCAGUAGCGGUUGGAGCAGCGGGGGCGGCGGAGGAGGCUGGAGAAGUGGUGGUGGCGGCGGAAGCGGCUGGAACAGUGGCGGCAGCGGCUGGAACAGCGGCGGCAGCGGAUGGAGUAGCGGAGGAGGAGGUGGUUAUGGAGGUGGAUCUGGAGGAGGAGUAAAGAUCAUCAAAAUCAUCUCUUCUGGAGGCGGUGGAUACGGAGGCGGUGGAAGCGGUGGCUACGGAGGUGGUGGAUGGAGCUCCGGAGGUGGACGUGGAUGGAGUUCAGGUGGCCGUGGAUGGAGUUCUGGAGGCAAUGGAUGGAGCUCCGGAGGCGGUGGUGGCGGCGGAUGGAAAUCUGGUGGUUCCGGAGGCUGGAGCUCCGGUGGAAGUGGCUGGUGGUGAAGCUGAUUUCGAUUUCCCAAACCAUUCGCCAAUUGUCUAUAAUUUGACUCCAUUUUAGUCUAUAAUUUAUUUGUCAAAAGUAUGUACAUUUCCAUUCUGUAAAUACCCCGUUCAAAUAAACAAAAUUGUGUAGAGAGAA